AUGCAGACGUACACUCUCGAAGAGGUCGCCAAGCACGCGACAGAGGAGUCUCUCUGGAUCGUCAUCGAUGCAAAGGUUUACGACAUUACCGACUUUGUCGACGCUCAUCCGGGUAGCAACGUCGUCCUGACCCAUCGAGAUGUCGCGGGCAAGGACUGCACAGAUCAGUUCUACAAUCUGCACCGUCACGAGGUCCUGACGAGAUACAGCACGCUUCAGAUCGGGACUGUGCAAGGCCAAAGAGCCACCGUGAAAUCGCCCGAGGCGGGAGACAUUCGCUACAUUCCCUACGGCGAGCCGACCUACCUCAAGCCUGAGAUCUUUGCGUCACCUUACUUCACAAGCGGCCACAUCGAAUUUCAGAAGCGACUGAGAAAGUUCUUGGUAGAGGAAGUUCUGCCGGAAGCGAUGGAGAAGGAGGAUUCUGGUGAGCUCAUCUCAAAAGAGCUCAUGCUCAGAAUGGGCGAUGUCAAGCUCAAUCACAUGCGACUCGGCCCUGGCAAGCAUCUGCAUGGCGCACUCAUCUUUGACUAUCUCAAAGGCGAGGACUUUGACGUCUUCCACGAACUCAUUGUGCACUACGAAAUUGGCCGACUAGGGACGAGAGCAUUCCAAGAUGGCCUCCUGGUCGGCAUGGUCAUCGGUCUGCCGCCUCUCUUCUUGCACGCCAAAGACGAAAUCAGGGACCGCGUGAUCGAUGAGGUUCUCAGUGGUCGCGAGACGCUUUGCCUCGCCAUGACAGAACCGUUUGCCGGAUCGGACGUGGCCGGCAUCCAGACUGAAGCCGUCCUGUCAGACGAUGGGCAAUACUUUGAGGUAUCUGGCGUCAAGCAAUGGAUCACGACCUCGCGCAUCUCCCGCUACUACAGCACAGCCGUCAAAACCAAGAGUGGGCUGAUGAUGCUGCUCAUUGACACUCACUUUGGGGGCGUCACCGUCCAGCCGACCAAGACGAGCUACUCGAGCACAGCGGGAACGGGGCGUGUCACUUUCGAUAGAGUCAGGGUACCUGUGUCACACAUGCUAAGCGAGGAAGGCAAGGGCCUCAAGACGAUCCUCGCAAAUACCUCGCAUGAGCGGUGGCUCAUGAACUGCUUGACCAUCGGCCUCGCCAGACGAGUUUGCGAGGAAUCAUUGCUGUGGGCGAAACAGCGCAAAGUCUUUGGCCAUCACCUCAUCGACGAGCCAGUGAUUCGUGCCAGGCUGGGGCGGAUGUUCGCUGCCGUCGAGAGCGCGUCAGCAUGGAAUGAAGCCAUCACGUACCAGAUGGCAAAGAUGGAUCUUGCGAUCAAGACGGAGUAUCUAUCAGGUCCCAUUGCUCUCAGCAAGUAUGCGAUUACCAGGAUGGAGUUUGAAGUCGCCGACGAAGCAGUGCAUAUCUGGGGCGGCCGCUCACUCACGCAAGGCGGCAUGGGCCGGCUCAUCGAGACCCUGCAGCGAACGCGCGCAUUCAGCUCAAUUCUCGGCGGUACAGAGUCGAUCUUGUCGGCAGAUCUUGCCGUGCGUCGCGCUAUUCGACACACCCCACAGGAUGCUCGUUUACGUGGCGGCCAUCGGUACAUGGGCUUCACGAUCUCCGAGAUCUUCCUGAUCUCGCUGCUCCUCGUCAAUGCGAUAGCCGUGCUCAACGAGGAGCGCUUCCUCUCUAGAAUCGGAUGGUCUAGCCAGCACCCGGGACAGUACAGUCAGUUCAGUGACCCCGGAUACGGCGUAGGACAAGGCCAAGCUAGCGGCGAGAGUGUCAAAGUACGGCUCGUCAACCUCAUCAGCGCCAUCAGGACCUUGCUGAGAAUACCCCUCAUUGCUGUCAACAUACUCGUCAUUGCCUACGAGCUCGUGCUAGGGUAG